UAACAUAUUACGGGCUCAUGGGACAUAUGGCUUUGUUAAGCUGACCGUCGCUAUGUCGGGGCUAGGCUCAACGCGACAUGCCUGUCACUGCGGUAAAAGCUUCAUCCGCAAGGAACAUCUAACCAGACAUCAAGCCACCCAUAACAAACCGGCAUAUGUGUGCAAUGUGUGUCAACGACAGUUUAGCCGCAAAGAUCUGCUUCGUCGCCAUGCUUCUUUACAUGAAGCGAGUCAUACACGCAUGGUCGUCUCCUGUGAGGCAUGCCGUGCUAAUAAAAGCAAGUGUUCUGGCGGUACUCGAUGCUCACGGUGUGCCCGACGGGGUAUCGAGUGUAUCUAUAGAGGUGGUCCUCCUCAAGCAAAAAGGAUGUUGAGAAGUGAUGAAUCUGAAGCAGAGGCGAAUGCUUCUGUCAGGGAGGAUACUGAGCAUGAAGAUGGCAACGAUGAAUUAACGCUGCUUACAAGCUCGACGCCAGAGACAUCCUUAAGUUGGGAGGUUCUUCAAAGAAAUGUACAAUUUCUCAAAACCAUUACCAUUGUCUCGCCGCAACUAAACCCGUCAAGCGGAUGUCUGCCUCUGGGCCAGGGUAUGGAAGGUAUAUACGAACUCUUAAUCGCCGAAGAAUCGUCACUGGAAGUGGCCAUGGAGAAGUCGGAUGGAAUGAAAGGUCACGUUAGCAGGUAUACUCAGAUAUAUCUCAAAAAUUUUCAUCUCCGGUGGCCUAUUCUUCACGGUCCAACGCUCAGCAACGAAAUAGACUCCAUAUCACUACCGCUAGCUGCAUCGAUGUGUCUCAUAGGAGCAUGGUUUCAAGAUAGUAAAGGUUCGAAUGAAAUAUUAUACGCUCUAAAGGUACAUGAUAUCUUACUUGAGCGCUUGCUUCAUAGCCUGACUGAGCCUGACCUAGUGUCUGCAAAACAAGCAUGGCCCAUCGAGGUUUUUCAGGCAGUCCUCUUAACCCUAAUUUUCUCACUUUACCGCACCGAUAAGGUCGCCUUGUCCCGAGCCAUGCUUCUUCGAAGCGGAUUCAUAACCAUUCUCCGCGAACUAGAAGCUUUCAAUGCAGAGAAAUUGGCCACCCAUUUGCAAACUUAUUACAGCGGAUCAUAUGCUCCGUAUACCAUAGCUAGGCGUGAACAGUUCAGACGGUUACUUGUUUCAACGUAUCAGUUCGACAGUUAUUUUGGUCUUGCUCAUGGAAAGCCGCCAUUACUUCAUUGUCAAGAAGUUGGUGUAUUUCUUCCGAGUAGUUUUGCGUUGUGGAAUGCAUAUGGUGUGGAUAUAUUCGCCAUGCGGCAGGUGGAGGAGAUGACUGAACGAUCCGGGGUGAAAGUAUCUGAACUGGCGAACCAUACAGACACGGUUGCAUCGACAGAGCUCCUUGUGGAAGACGUGCAACUGGGGUUAUGCAAUAUUUUACAUACGAUAUGGGUCCUCGGACCGGCUGAUCUCAACAAGGUUGAGCGUCCUACUCACAAUCUCCAGACAUCACUGUUCAUCCAGAAACUUGAUGAUUGGAAACAUGAGCUGGAUAAGAUCGAGAAGUUGAUUGACCUUGAGAAUGUCACUAAAAGAGAUGCUGCGAAACAUCUGUUGCUGGCGUACCGUGGAGAAGAUGAUUCUGCAGUGGCAUCAUUGGAACGCAUAACCACCCUCAUGCAAGACGGGAUAAUCCUCUAUUAUUACCUGAAAAUGUUCCACUAUGUUUCCCAGAUUAUCGGCCCAGGAACUCGAAUCGAAAGCUCAGAGAUAUGGCAGACUUCCAAGUACGGCAGAGAAGCUCUCGUAUGCGCCUUGCAGAUUCUCAAGAUCGUUGAGUCAAGGGUAUCUUCAAAUCCGCUCAUUCGGUACGCACUUGCUACCGGCGUUGAUGUGAUGAGGGUAUCGCUUUCAGGCCAAAGAUGCGAGUGUCUGGCGAGAAAAGGUCAGCACGCUGCCAACAGGACUCAUCCGCAGUGGUCAGACACUGGCGGCCCAUUUCGGAUUGACGGCACACCGGUGUGUGUAUGCAAGUUGACUUUCUGGAGCGAUAGGUUUGAGAAAGGGAUUCAAGGUCAGAAGAUCAUGGUGGAGUAAAGCGAGUCUGGGUGCACCGAUGUAUCCAUGGGAUGCGUUCACAUAUUGACCCUAGACAAU